GUGGAGGAGGGGUAAAGAAUCCAGGCUUCACACCCGCAUCUGACUUCACAAGGACUUCAGAACUACACGGUUCGUCGGAUCAGUCUUUGGGAUUUGGGCAGCCUCUGGGAUUUACACAGUCCUAUCCUUUCGGGCACGCUACAUCGUUCGUGGCUACUUCCACGCCAACCAGCUCGUCCAUUGCUGGCAAACAAGGAUUCAGUUUUAAACUACCUACAAAUCUUGGGGCUUCUCAGGCUUCUUCAGCAUUUGGAAGUACAUCUGGAAAAAAUUCAGGCAGUGUCUUCACAGGACCAGAUUUUAGCUUCAAAAUUCCUAAGAAUGCAAUGUUCAAGCCGAUUUUUGGCAUUGGUUCAGAACCAGAGAAGACCCAAAGCCAAACCAUCCCAAAUCCAUUCACGUUUUCCUUUUCAGGUGAGAGCGGGUCUGGAAGACUUGCCCCCUUUGGCAUUUCCCAGGAAACCAGCAGCUCAAGUGCUAGUACGCAUUUCAGCUUUUCAAAACCAGUAAGCAGCAUUACUACUCUGUCAUCUUCCUUCCCUGCUACUUUACCAAGCAAAACUGUCGAGGAUGAUAAAAAAGGACCUAUAAAUCCCUUUGCAAAUCCUAGUAGCAGCUUUGGUAGUUUUUCUUUCCAGUCUGGUUUGGCAUUGGCCAGGCCAUCCGUGUUACAGAAAGAGGAAGAGAAUAAGGCAAAGCAGGAGAAAAAGUCUUCUGUCUCAAAUCCCUCACGUCGAAAUUGGAACACCAAGAGCACAAAAAGCUUCGGGGGCUUGCCACCGAGUGAACUAAAAUCCUUCCUGUGCAAAAACAUUCCCGAUUAUCUAAAUGACAGACGUGUUCUUGAGAAUCACUUCAAGAAGUUUGUUAAAAUCCACUAUAUUGAUGUCAACAGAAGCAAAAAGCGGGCAAUUGUUCAUUGUUUGGAUCAUUCGUCUGGUGUUUUGGCCAGAAAGAAAGCCAAAUUGCUGCACAAAGAAAUAGUGACGUUUUGGCAAAAGAAACCAAAGCCCACCUUUAAAUCUUGCCCAGGUUAUGGGCAAAAAGGGAGGAAGCGGAUUGAAAAGCAAUUCAGCAUCCUCAAAGCUUCUGAAAAACGUUUUGAGCACGGGAACCUCGUUGAAAGAUAUUUCACACGCGUCACAAGCAAAAAACAAAAUGGCUGCCGGAACUACUUCUACUAG